GAAGGGGUCAGCUCCAAUCACACAAAUUUAAAACCACACCCACUGUCAUGAAGCAGGGUGUGGCGGAUUAUGCAACAUUUCCACAGAAGUGCAUUCAACAAGACAGAACUGAUCAAUAACCGGUUUAUUAACUACCCUUAUACUGCGGUAAACAGUUAUUUUUGUAAAUUAUUUAACAUUAUGAUUAUAACAAAUACGGCGCAUUAUCAAUUGUUACAUAAGAAAAUUAACAAUAAUACACACACUUAACACCGUUUAAGUACAUUUUUCAAAAAAAAAGCACUACAGUUCCCAUAAUUCCCCACUGGAAUCGGAAGUCAGUACAGGAAGCAUGAAAAGAGUGAGCCGGCGAGCCUGCGAUGAAGGCCCGCUGCUGGAGGAGCAGGAGACGGAGGGCGAGCGGCGGCUGCACGGCCUCCUCCUGCAGCAGCUCCACACGGACGUGGAUAUUGAUCGAUGUGUCGCCAAGAAGCAGUGCUUCGCCCCGGCGGCGCUCUAUCGGCCGUUCGGGGAGCAGGCGGCGGGCGUGAGGAGCCUCUCCCAGUUCCAGCUCCUGCAGGAGGAGGAGACGGAGCUGGCCAGCCUGCGGGAACUGGGCCUCACCGAUGCAGAGAUCCAGCUGUGGCAAAGCAGAGAUGCUGCAGAGAAGUCCCACGGUGUGAGUGCAGCUCCGGAUGCAAAGCAGCAGCGACUGCAGAUUAUCAGAGAGAAGAUUGAAGCCAGGGCGGAGCUCCUGUCCCGCCCGCAGCGCUUUGCCACCAGCCACCCACUGUCCCGCCGGGAAAUGGAGAUUGAACAGGCGCUGUUUCAGGGAAGCGACCGUCCUGGUUUCCUGACCGCGCUCUACCACAGAGAUGAAGGUACCCUGAAAGGCCAGCGGGGGGCGUCGUCCUCUGACCCGAUGGACUCUCUGUACAGAGACGUUCUCUGCAGCACCGAAGCGGAACCGCCUCCAGACUCCCCACACAGAACCGAAGCCCAGCAGCAGAACUCCAGACAUUCUUCAGACCGCCUCCCUUUGGAGCAGCAGGAGGAGAACGUCGCUCCAUCCGUCCGAUCCCAGCCUGCAUCCGAGGACAGACCGGAUCCCGUCGCUCCAUCCGCCCGAUCCCAGCCUGCAUCCGAGGACAGACCGGAUCCCGUCGCUCCAGUGCAGAUAGAGAUCCACCAGCCGAUCGGCAGCCUGCGUGGAUCUGCCGACACGGCGGGAUCAGGAGGACCGCUGACGGUCCGCGGGCAGGUGGAGACCAUCACAGACGCAGAAAUCCUGGAGAACCGCGAGCGUGAGGAGGCGAUCCGGAGCAUCCCGAGGUUCCGAAACUACCAGCCGGGAAAACCUUCAAAGGUUCUGUGUGUGAAAAACGUCAGCACACAUGCAUCGCUGGCCCAGCUGGUGGCGCUGUUCUCCAGAUUUGAGAAGAAAGACGCCGCGCCAAUCCUUUACCGCCUGCUGACGGGUCGGAUGAAAGGUCAAGCUUUCGUCACUCUGCCAGACACCGAGACAGCCCAGCAUGCACUGCACUUGGUCCAUGGAUACCGGUUGCUAGGGAAACCUUUGGUGGUCGAGUUUGGCCAUGAACGACAGGAAGAGAAGACGGAGGAGAAGCAAUAAAAACACAAAAAGGAAAUAUUUCAACAUGUUAA